GCCGGCGCGGGCUCGGCCGCAGGCCGCUGUCAGUGGCUCGGGGGCCCCGGGCGCGAUGCGGCUGCUGCGGGCCCUGCUGGGGAAGGCGGCGCGGGCCGCCGGGGCCCCGUCCUACAUCGAGCACUUCAGCAAGUUCUCGCCCUCGCCGCUCUCCAUGAAGCAGUUCCUGGAUUUCGGGUCCAGCAAUGCCUGCGAGAAAACCUCCUUCACCUUCCUCCGCCAGGAGCUGCCUGUCCGGCUGUCCAACAUCAUGAAGGAGAUCAACCUGCUGCCAGACCGGGUCAUCAGCACACCCUCAGUGCAGCUGGUGCAGAGCUGGUAUGUUCAGAGCCUGCUGGACAUCAUGGAGUUCCUGGACAAAGACCCUGAGGACCAAGGCACCCUGGGACAAUUCACGGAUGCCCUGAUCACCAUCCGUAACCGGCACAAUGACGUGGUGCCCACCAUGGCGCAGGGGGUGAUAGAGUACAAGGAGGCCUACGGGGAUGAUCCCGUGUCCAACCAGAACAUCCAGUACUUCCUGGACCGCUUCUACCUGAGCCGCAUCUCCAUCCGCAUGCUGAUCAACCAGCAUAGCCUGCUCUUUGAUGGCAGCACCAACCCUGCUCACCCCAAGCACAUUGGCAGCAUCGACCCCCACUGUGACGUGUCUGAGGUUGUGAGAGAUGCCUACAACAUGGCCAAGCUGCUGUGUGACCAGUAUUACAUGGCCUCACCCGAUCUGGAGAUCCAGGAGGUCAGCGCCAACAAUUCCAAGCAGCCGAUCCGCAUUGUCUACGUCCCAUCUCACCUCUACCACAUGCUCUUUGAGCUCUUCAAGAAUGCCAUGCGAGCCACCGUGGAGAGUCACGAGUCCAGCCUCCGACUCCCAACCAUCAAGGUGAUGGUAGCACUGGGUAAAGAAGAUCUUUCUAUCAAGAUGAGCGACAGAGGUGGCGGGGUUCCGCAGCGGAAGAUCGAGCGGCUCUUCAGCUACAUGUAUUCCACCGCGCCCACCCCCCAGCCCGGCUCGGGCGGGACACCCCUGGCUGGCUUUGGUUACGGCCUACCCAUUUCCAGACUCUAUGCCAAGUAUUUCCAAGGGGACCUUCAGCUCUUCUCCAUGGAGGGUUUUGGGACAGAUGCAGUCAUCUACUUGAAGGGCCGGCGGCACCGCCCAACCUCACGUAUGGGCAGUGAAGAUAAAUGAGAGCUUGCGAGGCUUGCAGAUGUUACUGCAGUGGGGACCAGAGAUAAGUGCUUACACUGGAGGGGUUUGCUGAAGGUCCCCAGCCCCUGGCUUUUCCUCUUCCUUUGUAACAGAGAAGAAAAUGAUCGCUGCCCCAUGUCACGGACAGUGGGUGGAGUCUCCAGAUCUUACAGACUUGUCCCCAUUGAGCCUGUCCCUCCUUGGUGAAACUUACGUGGGUCAGUUUCACUCUGUUCCUAGCCACUUCACGCUACCCCCAAAGGCUCAUCUUGUGUCUCAGCCAAGCGUGUCUCUGUUCAGGAUCAAUACUUGACUAAGAUUAGUGACGUAGCCAGGGUGACUUAGGUAGCCACUGGAGCAGGAGCUUGGGUCUGAGUUGGUCCUGCCCAUGGGUAUGGGAGCGGGUUCUCGGGAUAUCAUUUACAUGCUGGGUCAGGCUGAGAGGUGAUGUGUAACUGACCGACUCCUCCUUACACUCCUAGCUCUGGAGUCUAAGGGCUUGUCUGCAUCAGGGAUUUUUUGCUCUUAGUGAGUAGCUCUUUUAAGUGACACUACUAUUAAAUCAUUUAAAUAUAAAUAUUUCAAAUAUUAAUAAUCAUAUUCAAGUCAGGUUUCAAUCGGGUGAAGACUUUGUAAAAGCUAAUUUGAAAACGUGUGCUAUUGCAACUGUGAAUUUUACAUUUUUUUUAUCACAAGCUAAAUUGUAAACACUGUUUUCCUUCAGUGCCACUACAAUUAGGGGUAUUGCAUGUGAAUUUUACAAAAUGUCUAUAAGCCAAAAAAAUCUGAAAAUGUAAGACCCUGAUCCUGCGAAUGCUUAAGCAGGGACGUAACUUUACGCACAUGCCUUGUCUCAUUGACUUCAAUGGGAUUACAGUUAAGCACAUGUUUAGGCACUUACCACAUCAGGGCUAAUAUUGUAUCUUUAUUAAACUUUUAUUUUAUUGGCAUAACAUUUUUGAGCGAGACGAGGUGGGGGAGGUAGUAUCAUUUAUUAGACCAGCUUUUGUUGAUGGAAGGUAAAUGCUUUAGAGCCACACAGAGCUCUUUUUCAGGCCUGGGGAAGGAGAUCAGAGAGUCUGACCUAAAUACAAGUUGGGACAGAUUGUCAAGCGUAAGGGGUUAUCCAUGUUGUAGAGGCCACUUGAAAUGAAGUUGUCGAUUGAGGGUUAGGCUGUUAUGCGUUGAGGGGGUUGAAGCGGGCAAUUAAGGUUUAGCCAGCUAGUAGGGUGAGUUACAAAUUGUCAUAAUGAGCCAUAAAACUCUGUGGAAUCCAUGGUGUUGAGUGUCUAGCAGAGUUAGGAAUUUGAGGUUGCAGGCUCACCUUUUGAAGGUGUUGUGUAGAUUUUCCUUGAGGAUGAGUAUUGAAAGAUCAGAUCUAAAGUGAUCGCUUUGUGAAAGGAUGGUAGUUUUGUCUUUUAUCACUUUUCUGCAUGAGUUCAUUCAAGAGCGUAGUGAUCGUUUGGUUUCAGAACCCUCAUGGUGGUUGGUGGGACAUUUGAAGCCCUGCAUGAGGAACCCCACAUAUAGUGUGUAGGACCAGGAAUCUUGAAAGUUGUGUUGGGGUGGAGGGCGGGGUAUUGAUCAGCAAUGGAGAUAUGUCUGCAGGUUUAGCAUGUGUUGCUCUGGCAAGAGAUGCUGCUGCUUUGAGAUGGUGUGUCCUGGACUGUGGGAAGCUAUAACAACACUGCACAAAAUCUUUGUCAGUUCAGAACAAAAUUGUUGCAGUGUGAACUGUGAAAAGUUAUUUCGACUUUCAAUACAAUGCAAAUAUUCUCAAUGACUCGGUUAUACACAUAGGCCAAUGUUUUCAAAAAUGAAGAGGAGCCUAAUGUUAGGUGCUUUGGAAAAAUCCCAGAGCCUAUGUAAUUCAAGUACGCACGUCCCAUUGACCUCAAACCCCGAUGAAGGCAUAUUAGCCUGGUUAAAGCAUUUCAGCUUUCCUGACUUGUGGGAGUUCAAUAUAUUGGAAGUGGCAUUGGCUGCAAACAGAGUCAGGGGUAUCUGCUUAUCACUGUUGUGCCAGAGUUUGCAGUUCUCUGUUGAUGCCCUGGUGCUGUCUUUUUCAGCACAGAUGAACAUUUUGUGUGUGAAACUUUAGUAGAAAAAAAAAUCUUUGUAAAACCUGAAAUUCUGUCACCAACCAGGAAGCUAAUUAAGGGAAGAUACAAAACAUCCACUUUAGCCAAUUAAAAUGGGGGGAAAGUAAAGAACCAGCAACACAUCAAAUAAAAACGAUUAACAUUUUUAAAAACUGGGGUUUAGAUCAACUAAAGAAACUCGAGGUUUUUAUUCACCCAGUUGUAGCUAACCUCAGUAUAUAGACACUCCCUUGAUGCAACUGCUCCUGGCUUCAGUUCAUAGCCAGUGCAUGGGCUGGGGAUCAGAAGCACUGCACUCAGACCGACCCUCGUGCAAAAACCCACAGAGACGUGAUUAAAAUCUUCCUUGUGGAGGGAGCUGGUGAGGUGAGGUAGAAGUAGAGCAGGUUGGAAGUUUUCUGACAAAACUCAGUGAAAUGUUUCACUGAUUCUGUUACAGAUUUGACAAAACUUUUAUUGAAACAUAGGCAGGCUUCACUGCCUCUUCCCCCACCCCUGAAGCUCUGGGGGCCAGGCAGCCCCUUGCUGGCUCCCAGAACUGGUGGGUUGGCAGAGAGACAGAGCCCUCUGGCUCUCCGCCCCUCCAGCAGCUGGGCAUGGAAGGCUCUUGUCAGUUUCACAGGUGAAAUUAACAGGAGCCUUCUCUGAGGGAAGCUGGGAAAAUUCCCUUUCAGGUGUCCCAAAAUGGAAUCUGUCUUUAAAUCCUUCUGUGUGGAAAAAUUUCACGGACUUGACGU